AUGACUCCCUCCAGGCCCCAGGCUGGGCCAUCCACCUGUCAGCCGUCGUGCCUGCCUGCAUGUGUGGGUGUGCGGGUGGAUGUCAGGGUGGUUGGACCGCCAUCAGCAGGAGCCUUCAAGGAGAGGUUCGCCCCACCCACAAAGUUUCGGCAGUUCUAUGACCGUGGUGACUUCCCUAUUGCACUGGAUCAUAACACCAGGGGCCACCGAAUCAUUUGGAAGGUGAACAUUCAGGACCUGGACUACCAUCAUUACCUGCCACUCUUCUUUGACGGCCUUUGCGAGACGGUUCACCCCUAUGAGUUUUUCGCCCGACAGGGUGUUCACGACAUGUUGGAUCAUGGAAGCGACAGGGUCCUUCCUGUCAUCCCACAACUUAUCAUCCCCAUCAGAAAUGCCCUGAAUACCAGGAACAAGCAGGUGAUCUGCACCACACUGAAGUGCCUACAGCAUUUGGUGAUCUGUGACGCCAAGGUGGGGGAGGCACUGGUGCCCUACUUCAGACAGAUCCUACCCGUCUUCAACCUGUUUAAGAACAUGAAGAGUAAUGAUGGCGAUAGAAUUGCCUACAGUCAGCAGAGGAGGGAAAACAUUGGCGAACUGAUCCAGGAGACUCUGGAGCUUUUUGAAAUCCACGGGGGCCCAGACGCCUACAUCAACAUCAAGUACAUGGUCCCCACCUAUGAGUCCUGCAAGAAAUAA